AAUAAGUCAAGAAGUUGAUAACCCGUGUUCUCUACUUCCUGUUCAUAGGCUAUGAGGUUCUCUUAUCAAUUCCUACAUAGUCCUAAUUGCUGAACUUAAAGGGUUAAAUUGUGAUUCUGUUGAUAAAAGCAGCAUAGAUUUGUUAAAUAUGUCUCAUUUUACUUUUUCGUUGGGAUUGAGAAAGGAAGAACUAUCUGCUGUUGUUGACGACAUGCCGUAGGAUGUUCACCAAAGAUGCCAUAUAUUCUUGACAUCAGAAGAUUUCCACGUCAUUCACAAAUCCAACAGAGAGCGUGCUCUCCACAAGUUCAACACCCACUUUUCAAUCCUGAUAAACUUUCACCACCGCCUAACCUCCUAUGUUAGGAAUUGGAGCUACUCAAUUCACCUGAGACAGAGAGACCUAUUUACCCCCAUUUCAAUGGUGACACUGGCGAGUACGUUUGGUUCUGGUUUCUGUUUCAGCAAAUUGGGAGUCGAAGGACUCAAGCCAACCACUCAUUCAGCUGCAAGACCAAGACGCAUGGUAGCGGUGAGAGCUGAAGCUCAAGCUAUCAACCCAGAAAUUAGAAAGAACGAGGAGAAGGUGGUGGACUCCGUUGUCGUCGCUGAGCUUUCUAAGCCCCUCACAGCUUAUUGCAGCUUCACAUUUGAUUCUGCCAUGCAACAAACACAAGAAUGCUGUUCUUUUUGCAUUAAUUGAGCCAAAAUCAUCAAUUUCAGAAUUGGAUUGUUGACUGUGUCCAGCUUAUCAUUUUGGGAUAUGUUGGUCAUCCUAGCAUAGUAGCUCCUUCAACUGGAUCAGAAUUUAAGGAACAUUUUUUUGGGGAAAAACUUUGAACUUUGAAGAUCUGGCGGUUAACUGAUUCUCUUCUUCGACAGCAUGUUUGCAUUGUAAUUCUUGUUAUUUUUUAUGAAGUUGUGAAUUCAUUUUGCCAGAUCUUAGUAAGAAACGUUAUGCAUCAUCUUUGUCUUGCAUAUAGACAAAUCCUAACCUCUUUUCCCCCUGUAAAAAUGCACAGUAGUGUGUUGUCUUAAGAAGCUAUAUGCGUAGUUUAGAGGCAUAACAAUGUGCCUGAUCAACAAAUGUUUUGGUACUUACGUUUUUUAUGAUUGAUUUCUUA